UGUGUAAACUCCAAGUUUGGGACUGGUUUAUGCCAUCGCAUAUCAGUCAGAGAACUCCCCUCCGUGACACCUGCCACUGUUAUUAGGGCACUUGAGCUGGAUUUUAUAGAUAUUUCAUCCGGUGAAAAGAGUAAAUCACAAGAUGAUAUUCAGUUCCUGCAGGUAGUAAAAGAGGGUGUCUAUCAAAAUGAGUAUGGCCAUCUUGAGAUGCCUCUUCCUUUUAAAAUACGGCCUCAGCUUCCAAAUAAUAGGAGUCUUGCAUUAGGACGGUUGAAGCACCUCAAGAGGAAACUGGACAAGAAUCCUCAAUUCAGACAGGACUAUGUGAAGUUUAUGGAAGAUGUCUUCAGAGAUGGAGAUGCGGAAAUAGCAAAUGAGCAACCAGACCCGGGUAAUGUGUGGUAUAUUCCCCAUCAAGGCGUCUAUCACCAUAGGAAACCAAAUAAGAUCAGGAUAGUCUUUGACUGCGCCGCUAGGUAUGAAGGUACCGCGUUAAAUGACCAUCUAUUGACAGGGCCUGACCUUACCAAUGGAUUGACUGGAGUGCUUUGCCGUUUCCGUAAACACCCUAUCGCUGUCAUGUGUGACAUUGAGAAAAUGUUUCAUAGAUUUCAUGUUAUUAAAGAAGAUCGGGACUAUCUGCGUUUUCUGUGGUGGGCAAAUGGGGAUACCGACGCAGAACCCAGAGAAUAUCGCAUGAAAGUACACCUUUUUGGAGCAUCAUCUUCUCCAGGCUGCGCCAAUUAUGGCCUGAAGUAUCUCGCCAAUAUGAAUGAGAGUGAGUAUCCUUUGGCAGCGGGGUUUAUCAGGAACCAUUUUUAUGUGGACGACGGCCUUGUAAGCCUGGAAUCUGUUGAGGUAGCAAUCAAGCUGGUGAAGGAAGCUCAGGCCGUGUGUGCUAAGGGAAAGCUGCAUCUUCACAAGUUUAUUUCAAACAACCGAGAAGUGUUGGAGUCAAUCAGUCCGUGUGAUCAUGCUGCUGAAGUAAAGAACGUUGACUUUCACCAUGACUUUCUUCCAGUACAAAAUGUCUUGGGCGUAAGGUGGGAUGUAGAGAAUGAUGUAUUCACAUUCAAGGUUGUUCUUGAAAGGAAACCUGCGACACGACGUGGAAUUCUGUCCAUGGUGGCUUCAGUCUAUGACCCUUUGGGGUUUUUGGCCCCAUUUGUCAUAUCUGGCAAGAAGGUCCUGCAGGAGAUGUGCCAGAAGGGCAUCAGUUGGGAUGAACCGUUACCCUCUGAACUGAGACCAAGGUGGGAGAGUUGGUUGAAUGAUCUGCCCAACCUAGGGAAGGUACAGAUUCCACGAUGUUUCGCCCCUCCAAAUUUUGGGCCGAUUCUGAGCAUUGAAUUGCACCACUUUUCUGAUGCUAGCAGUCAAGGCUAUGGGCAGUGCUCUUAUAUCAGAUUGAUGAGUGAAAGUAAGAUACAUUGUGCUUUAGUUAUGGGUAAAGCAAGAGUUGCUCCCAUCAAAGUUGUCACUAUACCAAGAUUAGAGUUAACUGCAGCAGUCAUCUCUGCUGCUGUUAGUAGUACGUUGAAAGAGGAGUUGGCACUCAGAGUCGAUAGAGAAUAUUUCUGGACAGAUUCUCAAGUGGUCCUUGGCUAUAUCAACAAUGAAGCAAGAAGAUUUCAUGUCUUUGUUGCUAACCGGGUCCAGAGAAUUCGGGAGGCCACCGAUCCAAGACAGUGGUAUUACAUCAAUACAGAAGAGAAUCCUGCUGACCAUGCCUCGAGGGGCCUUACUGUAGAGGAGUUGAUCAGUUCAAACUGGUUGACAGGGCCCAGAUUCCUCUGGGAGAAAGAGAUAUUUGCUAAACAAGGAACGUUGGAGCUGUCGGUGGGAGACCCGGAGGUCAAGGCUGUCCAGGUAUUGAGGACCGAGAUUAUGACUGAGGUGGAUUUUCAACAGCGACUAUCACGACUAUCAAAAUGGACUACAGCUGUGAAUGUCAUUGCUCGCAUCCAAAGAUUAGCAAGGAAGAUGAAGACUCCAACAUCUUUAAAUGUCGAGGAGAGGAGGAGGGCCUCAUUUACUCUUAUUCAGCUUGCACAACAGGAUGCUUUCAAAGAAGAGUUGAAUGUACUCAGUCAGGACUCGGGCAGGCUGCCUUCAAGCCAUCCUCUGUAUCAGCUUGAUCCAUUCAUGCAGGAUGGAAUAAUGAGGGUGGGAGGACGAUUGAGGAGGGCAUGUGCUCCUCUUGAAUUACGAUACCCAGCAAUCCUUCCAAGUAAUGGUCUGAUCACAUACCUUGUAUUGGCACACUAUCAUCAAAAAAUUCAACAUCAAGGCAGGGGACAGACUCUGAAUGAACUGCGAGCCAAUGGCUUUUGGAUCAUGGGUGGCAGUAAGGUGGUAGCGCACUACAUACGACAGUGUGUUCCUUGUAGGAGAGCACGUAGGCCGCCAGAACAACAACGGAUGGCGGACUUGCCCCAUGACCGAACUGACCCCUCCCCGCCAUUUACCUAUUGUGGCAUGGACUGUUUUGGUCCUUUUUACACCAAGCAAGGUCGUAAAACACAUAAACGAUAUGGCCUUCUUUUUACUUGUCUUUGCUCCAGAGCAGUCCACGUAGAGAUGUUGGAGGACAUGACGACUGAUGCAUUCAUCAACGCUUUACGGUGUUUUCUAGCCAUCCGUGGAGCUGUCAGACAUAUUAGAUCAGACCAAGGAACAAACUUCAUGGGGGCAAGGAAUGAGUUGAAGAAAGCUUUAAGAGAAGUGAGUAAAGAGAGAGUGGCAGCAUAUCUGGCAGAGAAGCAGUGCGAUUUCUGCCUGAAUGCACCCAGUUCAAGUCACGCUGGAGGUGUCUGGGAACGGCAGAUUCGAACUGUAAAGGGUGUGAUGAGUUCAGUUUUGGCACUAAGUAGUGGAAGACUUAAUGAUGCCUCUUUACGUACAUUCUUCUAUGAAGCUAUGUCAAUAGUCAACAAUCGGCCAUUGACAGUGGAUGGUCUCAGUGAUCCUACAAGUCCAGAGCCCUUAACCCCCAAUCACCUGCUUACCAUGAAGUCGUCUGUCCCACUUCCUCCUCCGGGUGCAUUUGUUAAGGAAGAUCUUUAUGCAAAGAAACGUUGGAGGCAGGUGCAGUAUUUGAGUGAACAGUUUUGGAGCAGAUGGAGGAAAGAAUAUCUUGCUAAUAUCUCUCUAAGGCAAAGAUGGCAUGCACUAAGGCGGAAUGUGCAAGUGGGGGACAUUGUCAUUGUUAAGGAAGAGGAAACUCCCCGCAACGAAUGGAGGUUGGCUAGGGUCGUUGAAGUUUGCAAGGCUGAUGAUGGACUGGUACGGAAAGCUAAAAUACAGAUUGGUGAUCGGAAGUUGGGGAAAAGGGGUGAACGCCUCACUAAACCCUCUGUUAUUGAACGACCCAUCCAAAAAUUGGUAGUUCUUGUAGCAAAAGGUGAAAAUUAAUAUCUUAUCACUCAUUAGAAGUUGAAUCAUGUUAGUACCAUGCUGUGAUAUGUUGAUUUGUGCUGCCCUAAUGCUGGUUGACAGUAGAAUGUGAAAAAUGGUGAACAAUUUGUUCAUUUUAACAGAAGAUUGUGUAAUUAUGAAAUAUGAACCUUUUUUUUGUGGUUUUUUUUUGUUUUUUGCCUUUUUUGCCGAUUUUCAUGUUUCCUGUUGGAGUUUGGAAAUUACCAUUUGAUUGGUUGUGUUUGUUUCUUAUCACUCAAUGGUAAUUUGGUGGGAGUGUAGCUGACGCUGGAAGGUCAGCUCAGGGGAUGAUAUUUUGGUGAUUUGAGUGGUUAAUGUUUAUUUUGACUUUAUAGUUUAUUUUGUGAUUUCAUAGUUUAAAUGUGUAUUUCUGUAUGGUGAAUUUCUUAAUUUGUUUGCCGUUUGUAUUUUAUUAUUAUUCUAUCGUUGAAGUUGAGGUCAUGUGAUCCUGUGUGUGCUGAUUAAUUCAGCUGGACGUGUUAGCGUCAAUGUAAUGAUGUGAUGUGAAACUAAGACCGCAGGAUAGUGCUCCUGACUUAAAUCUACUGUUGGUUACCAGGCGAAUACGUUUUCACGGUGUCUCUGGAAUAAAUAAACAAAAAUGGACAUCAGUACUUCGGAAGCGUGGACUGUUUUGUAAUCAGCGAGUAGUUA